AUGGCCGAUGGGCCACCGGUGGCGGCUGCCCCGAGCACGGCUGCGCCGCGACGGCAGGGCGACGAGGCCGAGGAGAAGGCCAACGUUGUCGUCGCUGUGCGCACGCGGCCGCUGAACGGGCGGGAGCUGGCCACCGCGGGCUCGGGCGAGCGCACGCUGAGCUAUCCUGGCCCUCAGCGCGUGGAGCACACGGGCCAGGAGCACUCGUUCAUCUUCGACCACGUGUUCGGCGAUGGGACCAGCCAGGAGCAGAUCUUCCAGGGCCUCGGCGUGCAGUGCCUGGACCAGGCCUUUGGCGGCUACAACAGCACCAUCUUCGCCUACGGCCAGACUGGUAGCGGCAAGACCCACACGAUGAUGAGCCACGCGGGCCCAGAGGAGGACUGGGGACUGGUGCCCAGGAUCAGUGCUGGGCUGUACCGGCGCAUAGACGAGAUUACCGCCGCUCAUUCCAGCAGGGGCUUCCUUGUGCAGUGCAGCUUCCUGGAGAUCUACAACGAGGUGGUGCACGAUCUGCUCGUGCCGCGGAGCAAGCAGUCGAAGGGUGGAGGCCUGGAGAUUAAGGAGGCGAAGGGUAUCGGCAUCUACGUGAAGGACUUGACGGAGAUAGUCGUCGAGGACGCUCAGAGGUUGAGUCGGUUGAUCCGUGACGGCUUCGAGUACCGAUCCACUGCGUCGACGAACAUGAACGACAGGUCCUCGCGCUCCCACUGCGUAUUCACCAUCAAACUACACCAGAAGGACACGGUAGACAGCACCAAGAACACAAUCAGCAAGGUCAACUUAGUCGACCUCGCUGGCUCAGAGCGCGCCAAGGCGACCGGAGCCGAGGGCGUCCGGCUGAAGGAGGGGGCGAACAUCAACAAGUCCCUCAGCGCCCUCGGGAACGUGAUCAACUCGCUCAGCUCCAUGGAGAGUGGCAAGAAGAAGGUCUACGUGCCCUAUCUCGGAGGAGGGUCCAGCCCUGCUGCAGGAGAGCCUGGGCGGAAACUGUCUGUGCACCAUGGUGGCCACGCUGAGCCCAGCGCCUGGCGCCGCGGAGGAGACUCUGUCGACGUUGAACUACGCCAGGCGCGCCAAGGUGAUCAAGACCGUGGUGCUCAAGAACGAGGAAGCCGCCCAGGUGAAACAGCUCGAGAUGGAGGUGCAGGCGCUGAGGCAGAAGCUGGACCAGGCCAUGUCGGUGGCCGGCCCCGGGGAACAGCGCGAGCUGCAGGAGAAGCACCAGAAUCAGAUCCAGCAGCUGGAGGCCUUCAUCUCACAGAGCUGGGAGGACAAGCAGCAGAAGUCCAAGCAGUACGAGGAGAGGACCGCAGGGCGGCUCAGGAGGAGGCCCAGCGCGCUGUGGAGCAGCUGGCAGAAGAGCAGCGCCGGCGCCUGGAGCUGCUGGAGCAGCACGGCGACCUGCUGCUCACGCUGCGUUCCGUGGAGGCGCUCGGCAGCGGUCUGUGUGUCGGCUGGAGAGGAUCACCGGUUUCGUGA